AUGAGAUUGAGGAUCUUCUUACCCCUAGUGGGUGAAGAAGGUUAUAUUGAGAGGAGGGUGCUCAACACCAAAGAUGACCAAGCUUCGAAGGAGGACUUCUGCCUCACAAAAGCUCUUCCUAAGAUAGCUCAUCACAACAACCGCCUCAGCAUUGUGAUUCCAAAGCUUCUUCAAAGCCCACCUCAAACCACUUCUCAGAGAUUAACAUCGAAGAAGGACUAA